GUCCAAUGUUGUUUUGUUUUGUUGCAACCUUAAAGACGUUUCUGAUUAUGUUCUAGACUAAACUGUUUUCUAUUUAUUCACUCUAGCAUCACACCUUUCUCAUGUUAUUCCUUUCUUCUCUCAGAUUAUUGCAGAUUUUACAUGCUUUUCACCUGUUAAUUUCAUGAAUUGGCACUUCAGAGAUGGCAGAGAAAGAGAGUUUGUUUUCUAUAGGUGAUUGGAUGAGAAUACCAAUUUGCACUUUCUUCAAGGAUGCUAGACUAGUGUUUAAAUUAGACGAUCUUGGUCGCGAAAUAUUGUCAAUUGCAUUGCCUGCUGCAAUGGCUUUGACAGCUGAUCCUAUAGCAUCACUGGUCGAUACGGCCUUCAUUGGCCAAUUAGGUCCAGUGGAGCUUGCUGCAGUAGGAGUUUCCAUAGCUCUAUUCAAUCAAGCAUCAAGGAUCUUUAUAUUCCCACUAGUCAGUGUCACAACUUCUUUUGUGGCUGAGGAAGAUGCCCUAAGCGACGCAAGCUCACAGGUAGAGGAGAAUGGAUGCUUGGAAGCUGCGACACCUCCGGAUGCUGAAACCAAAGAGUUCUUACCGCAGAAAAAUUCGGUUGUUGAAAGCUUUAAUGUAGUUAAGGAUGAUCAACAUAAGAGAAGGCAAAUUCCUUCAGCUUCGUCAGCGUUAUAUUUUGGAGGUGUCCUUGGCCUCGUCCAGGCAACAAUACUUAUUUCUGCAGCAAAACCUUUAUUGAACUUCAUGGGAGUGACUUCUGAUUCUCCUAUGCUACAUCAUGCACAGCAGUACUUGAAAUUGAGAUCUCUCGGUGCUCCUGCGGUUCUUCUUUCAUUGGCGAUGCAGGGAGUUUUUCGAGGAUUUAAAGACACUAAAACUCCUUUAUAUGCCACUGUGGCAGGAGAUUUGACGAACAUAGCACUAGACCCGCUAUUCAUUUUCGUAUUCCGCAUGGGUGUCAAUGGUGCAGCCAUUGCACAUGUUAUAUCUCAGUAUCUGCUUUCAGCUAUACUCCUGUGGAGUUUGAACAAACAAGUUGAUCUUAUACCUCCAAGCAUCAAACAUAUGCAAUUCGACCGAUUUGCCAAAAAUGGUUUUCUAUUAUUCAUGAGGGUCAUUGCGGUAACAUUCUGCGUGACACUGUCUGCAUCAUUAGCUGCACACCACGGAUCAACAUCCAUGGCUGCAUUUCAAGUCUGUCUGCAGGUUUGGUUGGCAGUGUCUCUUCUUGCUGAUGGUCUGGCUGUUGCCGGGCAGGCGAUUCUUGCAGGUGCAUUUGCUAACAAGGACUAUGAAAAGGCCUCAACAACUGCUACCCGAGUAUUGCAGAUGGGCAUGGUUCUUGGAUUGGCACUUGCAUUCAUUCUUGGAACAGGAUUGCACUUUGGAGCUAAAUUAUUUACAAAAGAUAUUGAUGUCCUCCACCUCAUUAGAGUUGGGGUCCCGUUUGUAGCACUCACUCAACCCCUGAACUGUUUGGCCUUUGUAUUUGAUGGUGUCAACUUUGGGGCAUCUGAUUUUGCAUAUUCAGCCUUCUCCAUGGUUAUAGUGGCAAUUAUUAGCAUAAUUUGUCUACUUAUUUUGUCAUCUGCUGGUGGAUUCAUUGGAAUUUGGGUUGCAUUGACAAUCUAUAUGAGUUUAAGAGCCUUUGCUGGCUUCUUGAGGAUUGGAACUGGAUCAGGACCAUGGGAAUUCCUUAGGAGCUAACUGCACUAGGCUGGCAACAUCAAUACAUAAUCAUAGCUAAUAUUUGGCCACAAUUUGAAUGUGGUUCACAUUAUUAAAGGGAUCAAAUUUUUCCUUUGUUUUUUAGGUCUCUUGGAUGAUAAAUCAUUUGAGAAGAAUAGGCACUGGCACAUGCAUGAUUGUGCUAUCUUGUUGAGGCAUCGGUUCAAGAUCUACUCAGCUUUAGAAGAUGUACAGAAUAAACCUCCACAACACAAGUGUAUCUCAUACUCAUAAGAAAAUGACAUGAAAUAUGGGAUCAAAUUGGUGUUUGUAAUCAUGCAACAAAUAAGGCAACACAAGUAACCUAUACUGAAAACAAUUUUACAUGUACGGAUUUCUUUUCUUUUUUUGGGUAACAAGAGAAUCUUAGCCCAAAAGACAAAAUUACAUAAACAUUAAACAA